AUGGUGCCACCGCCCCCAUCUGGCCUAAAUUCCCGUCUCCCCAGUCCUCAAAAGCCAACGCUCUGCUUCACCCGUCAGGCCGCCAUCUCUCUCCUCCAUCUCCCUCCACACACUUCAUCUAUCACUGCUCUCGAAAGAAAAGAUACCACCGAGGACCUCUGCCUUUCGUUUCUUUCUUCUUCUUCGACUUUUGUUCCAAAGACAAAAGCCAGAGGACUUCUUGCAAAAGUCGCCAAUCUGGACUUUGAAGCCCGUGUCCCCGUGCCCUUCAGCAUCUUUCCCUCGACGUACAGGGACAGCCAGUCGCAGACGACCACUCACACUCACGAGGAGGUUGAUAUCAAUCUCCCUGUCAAGCAACCAGCCGGACGGGAAGGCCAGUAUUCUUCUCACAAGGUCAACGAGGAAGAAUUCCGUUUUACCCGUGAAGAAGAUCUUCGCCGCCGUCCCGGUUUCCAGUCGGAGCAGCAGUACGUCAGGGAAGAUCGCAGACCUACACACGAGUACACAGACACUCACAUCGAGGUCGACACUCACCGUCAAUCCUACGGCAACCCCAUUGACAACAUUGAACGUGAAUAUCGUGAGCGUUAUCGCCCUCGAUACAACACCACUGUAGACGCCCCUCUGCACCAGACGUACCAGCCCGAGAACAUCCACGUCGACGAGCAUACCGUCGACGUAGACGCACGUCCUUCCAUUCAUAAGGAAGACAUCAAGAUCACCGAGGAGACCUUCGAGCCCUACCGUUUCGGUCGCGCCGAACAAAAGUCCAAGAUGGGUUACUAUGACGAGGACGGUCACUACCACUCCUUCCGCCACGGCAUGCAUAAGCUGGCUGACCGUGUUGUUCACCCCCGUGGACAUCACGAUGAGCAUAUUGAUGUGGAGAUCCGCGAGGCACCGGCUCCCGCUCCGCGCGGCCGCCCCUCUGAAGCCAGCCAGUACUUGCCCAACACUGUCACCAUCCCUUGCCACCACAUUCGCAUUGGUGACUUCCUGAUGUUGCAAGGACGCCCCUGCCAGGUCAUUCGCAUCUCUACCUCGUCUGCCACUGGCCAGUACCGCUACCUCGGUGUUGAUCUCUUCACCCGCCAGCUGCAUGAGGAAUCCUCCUUUGUCUCCAAUCCGGCCCCCAGUGUGGUCGUCCAGACCAUGCUCGGCCCUGUUUUCAAGCAAUAUCGCGUGCUUGACCUCCAGGGUGGUAGCAUUGUCGCCAUGACCGAGACUGGGGAUGUUAAACAGAGUCUGGCCGUCAUUGACCAGUCCAACCUAUGGUCCCGUCUCAGCAGCGCUUUCGAGUCUGGCCGCGGCAGCGUGCGUGCUCUCGUUCUGAACGACAACGGUCGUGAACUCGCUGUUGACAUGAAGGUCAUUCAUGGCUCUCGUCUGUAA